AUGCAUACAUUGCAAACACCAAUACUAACAACGCUACAGCCACGAAAACAAACAGACAAAAUGGUUUCUUCGCAGCAAGGUUAUGCCCCCACCACCACCGACAUGAAGGCCAACCCUUCUACCGUCGAUAAGGUCAAGUCAAACUUGCCUCUCCCCGAGGAGCCUCCCGUGGCCUCCGACUUCAACAGCUCUGAUGCGCGCACCGUCAAUGUUGGCUCUGGCGGCCAGGCCGCCGACAUCUCUGCAUCCGGCCAGGGUAGCUCGACCCUCCGUGAGCCCGCCACCACCGACUCCGUUGGUGCUGCCGGCCGUGAGGGCAAGGAUGGCUUGGGCGGCAUCCCUAACGAUGCUGUUAGUCGUGACCAGAAGGACCACCCUGGCCUGGCCAACACUACCGGAAAGGACAAAGGUACCCCUUCAUCCGCUAAAUAG